AUUCCUUUCUGGUACCACUGAGGGUAUAAAUUGUGGCUGGCUCUGUGUGCAUUUACAUCACAGGCCAAAAUGAAGACAUGCACAAUCUUUGUUCUGGUGGCUUUCAUCACCGUGGGGCUGGAGAUGGCUUGCGCUCGGACACCUCUUCGCCAAGAGCAACAAAGACCUGGAGUCUGCCCCCAGGUACCCAAAGGAACCUUUGGGAUUUGUGUUGAAAAAUGCUCAGGAGAUGCAUCAUGUCCCAAGGGAAUGAAAUGCUGCAGCAAUGGAUGUGGGCAUAUCUGCAAAGCUGCUCUCCCUCAAAAGGGCGGCUUUGGUGGCCAAGUGAAAGCUGGACAAGGUGUUCAUUAAGCGUGCCUGGAGACCAGCCCCAGAAGAUUUCUCAUGAAUCUGAUGCUUGGCUAUCAAGACUCUUCCACAAACCAUUCCUGGCUAUUCUCUAUCCCUGGACUUGCAGCCCUAGAAGAUAAAGAUCUAAAGUGGUGGAGUGACCACUUCUAAAGAGCUUAUGUCCAGAAUAAACCUUAUCUGUG